CGGUGGUGGUGAUCAACGAGGAGACAUGGCCACGACCAACGAAGGCGACGUGUCUGCGGCGGAGAAGGUGUACACGUGGACACUCGUGUUCAUGUGUGUGCUGCUGAUGCUGUUCCUAGUCGUAAAGCUGGCCAUGGUGUUCUUCAAUAAGAGCAAGGUCAUGGCAUGGAGCACGUGCUUCUACUGCCUGUGCCUGGUGUGGGUCACAGUCCGCGUAAGUUUUUGGAUCUCCAUCGAGUUGCGCGACCGGAUGACGUACCUGGAGCUGUACUUGCUCUACUGGUUUCCCACGACGAUUCAGUUUGCCAACUUUGCGCUGCUCGUGCUGUUUUACAUACAGGUCAUCACUGGCCAAGCCUGGCGAUCUACUUGGCGCCGCGUCUGCCUGCCGCUCUACUUUGUGCUCACGCUGAGCAUGGCGACCUUUACGGCCAUCUGGGCGGUCAACUCCAACUCGUCGCUCCAACAUGCGAUUCGGUAUGGCGACGAGUACGAUCAAGACAUGUUCAAGAUCUCUGCUGUGCGCGUGCAGCUCGAGUAUUCUGCGAUAUCGUUCUUCGUGCUGUCGAUUUUGUUUGCGUUUUUUGGUUGGAAGUUGGCCCAUGUCGACAGCUCCAAGCGGCACCGCCUGCUUAUUUCCAAGCCCCGGAGCCUCGCCGUGUUCAAUUCGGUGCUGUUCCUCAUCUUCUUUACGCGCUCUGUGCGCGAUUUCGUUACGUCCCAGAACUGGCUGCGCUUGAGUGUUGCCAACCCCGUCGACCAAUUUGGGCAAAUUCCCACGUUUUCAUACUUUGCCCUGUUUGUCGUGUGGGAUUUUGUCCCAACGAUCCUACUGCUGGUACUCAUUUCCACCAAAGCUGGGGCCGUGGGAGUUCCGCGCUAUUCGUCGUUUCGAGGCGAUACCAAGCUGCCUGACUUUGGCAUUUUCCAUGUGAUCAACACCGGCGUUCCCACGACCGCCGAAACCACCCGACUGGUCGCCGACGCCCACAGUCCCACGGCCGAGUACGGCGCCCGCGCCACUCCCAUCAACGUGACCGAACGGUGGACCCGGGGCGGCGACUUGUUUACGGAUUUGCUGCGCUACGAUUCGGAUAACGACAUCGUCCAUACACCCCCUUAUGUCAAUAGCCUCAACAGCGAAAGCAGCCUCAGCGCCACAAGCUCGUACGAUCGACCGUCUAGCUACACUGGCUCCCUGCUACCCCCCCCUCCCCCUUCACCACUUCUGCCAUGACAACACUGGUUGGGGACGUGGAAUAAUAUUAAUUAUCGUUUUGAUUUUGAC